GUCAUGGGGACCGGAGGAGCGAGGGAGCUGGUGGUAACGUACGUAUCAGCGCCAGCAAUGACUAAAACAUUGCUGAGCACUCCAACUCAACUCGGGAUAUCUCAACAAAUAUUUCGUCCAUGCACUCCUUCAUGGCACCUGUCGUACCUAUCUCGCACGUGUCUAAACCAUCCCCCCCAACCCCACCCCCAGGGUCGUGACUUCUUUGCAGUGUCACGCUGCAAUUUAUUCGCGUCGUCGUAAAAAUAAAAAAUCUCCUUCUCCUGCGUCGCUGUUUUUGCAAUUGCGUUGUUGUGCUAUUCACUCGUUUUGCAAUAACACCGGAGGCGUCUACCAUGGAUGAGAAAGAUGUCGGUCCCAGGCGACGAGACCCCCAGCAUUGAUGGGCAGUCGACCCAUUCGCCUGUGGAGGGCAGCAUCGAAAGCAAAGAUCUCGAUAAGGCGUAUCUCUACCUCAAUCACCAGAGCGAGGCCGCUGAGACAGUUGAUCUCAAGGCUUUGCGACGAAAGAUCGACUGGUGGAUCGUCCCCAUCAUGCUUGCAUCCUACACGCUGCAGUUUAUUGACAAAGUCGUCAUCAACUAUGCUGCUGUCAUGGGAAUCACCAAGGACCUAAAACUAGUCGGCAACGACUUCUCAAACGCCGCAUCCGCCUUCUUCAUUGCAUACCUCAUCGCCGAAGUCCCCAAUGGCUACUUCCUCCAAAAGGUCCCCGUUGCCAAAUGGCUCGCCGCCAACGUCUUCCUAUGGGGCGUUGCCACUGCCUGCACCGCCGCCGCCUUCAACUAUCACUCUCUGCUCGUCGCGCGCAUCUUCCUUGGCAUCUUUGAAGCCUCAAUAGCACCCUGCCUCAUGCUCAUCAGCAGCCAGUGGUACACCAAGUCCGAGCAAGCCCCCAGAUUCAGCUUAUGGUACUGCGGUCUCGGCGUUGGCCAGAUCAUCGGUGGCAUUGUCUCCUUCGGCUUCCAGCACGUGGAGCACUCGAGCCUUAAGGGAUGGCAGUUGAUGUUCAUUGUCCUCGGCGUCAUCACGAGCUUAGUUGGUGUCGCAACAUUCUUCAUCCUACCCGAUACGCCCAUGAAGGCCAAGUUCCUCACCGAGGCCGAGAAGGUCGCCCUCCUGAAGCACGUCUCCGUUAACCAGACCGGCAUCGAGAACCACCACUUCAAGCUGACCCACAUCCUCGAGGUCCUCAUGGACGUCCAGAUCUGGCUCAUGGUCAUUCUGACAGUCCUAAUCUCCGUCUCCAGUGGCGUCAUCACCUCCUACUCCUCAACCCUCAUCUCGAACUUCGGCUUUUCCAAGCCCCAUUCCGCCCUCCUCAAUAUGCCCGGCGGCAUCGUCUCCAUCGUCUCGACCCUCGUCGUCGGCUUCGGCGUCCGCCACACCUCUAACCGCUGGGCCUGGAUCGUUGCGUGCUGCAUCCCCGGUAUCCUCGGCGGCGGCUUAAUGUCGUUCGCCCCCAAGACCAACCGCGCUGCCCUUCUCGCGGGUAUCUACCUCGUCAACGCCAUCGUCGCAACGCUCGUCGUGAUCUACCAGUGGACUGUCGCCAACUGCGCUGGGCACACCAAGCGCGUCGUCGCAAGCGCACUCAUCGCCGGCAGCUUCUCCAUCGGCAACAUCAUCGGCCCACAGACGUUCCAGGCCAAGGACGGGCCGGAGUUCCGCCCCGCGAAGAUUAUUGUGCUGGCGACGCAGGCGGCGGGCGCGGCGGUUGCGAUGGUGCUGUUUGGGUACUAUGUGUGGGCGAACAGGAGGAAGGAUAGGAAGGGAGCGCCAGCGGCGGGUUUGUCUGAGGGGAGGGACACGGAGGCGGAUGCGUGGAAUAAUAGGACGGAUAAGGAGAAUAAGACGUUUAGGUAUGUGUACUAAUUUGUGGGAAGAGGGGGGGGGGGUUGUGUAUAUACUUCUGUGUUGGUUUCGGUGGAGGGAAUAUUGGGGCCAUCGGAGUGUAUUUACCUGCCAUCUUCCCUAAAUAUACUGCCUGAUAAUAGAGCCAAAGAUUUCUCCAGAGCUGGCGCUUCUUACUUGUUUCCAAUGUCUCCUUAGUUGGCUGUGACACAAAAUCCCACCUGAAUCCCUCAUGCGCACUGAAGCACCCAUCAUGUUCUCAUCAAUACUAGACGCACCUGCGUGAGAGGCGUAUUAAUUUAUAACCCCUGUUGAAGUCCAAGAUUGAACCACUGCCACUUCGUAAAAAAGCAAAGAUAUGAGAACACGAGAGACGAGAGAAUAGAAACAACUUAAAACAAGGGGGACGUGACACAAAACAAAAUGUGAAACGCAAAAACAUGAUUUCCUUCGCGCAAGUGCUGCAUCAAAUAACAAAUAACAAGUUAUAUGGACAACGUCU